AUGUCAAUAUCAAAUAAUCGAUCUUUGGAAAGAGAAAUUUUCUAUAAUUGUACAUUGCCAAGAUUUGGUUCGUUAUGUCAAUAUGAAAUUAACUAUGUUCAUAAAAACCAUUCAUCUCUAUAUGAUAUGAUCAAUGAUUACUAUGAAGAGCGAUACGCCAGUCUUGAUGUAAACUGUUAUACUCAUUUACAAUGUAAUCGUGGUCCAUCACCAGCUUGUUUGGAUUGGAGAGAGAUUUGUGAUGGUCAAGUUGAUUGCAUUGAUGAUAAAGUGGAUGAAAAAGAUUGUUGGAAAAUUGAAAUUCAGGUAUGUCAAGAUGAUGAAUUCCAAUGCUCGAAUGGACAAUGUAUACCUAUGGCUUUUCAUUAUGAUGAUAAUACUACGAAUGAUUGUGUUGACACGACAGAUGAAGAUGGAUUGACCGAACUCAAUACGGAUAAUCAAACAACUGGUAUUAGACCAUCAGGAAUUAUUCGACUUCCACAGCGAUAUGAACUUAUGAUGAACAGAAAGAAUCCAUGUUCUCGAGGUAUUCAAUUACGGGUUUGGCUCAAUGAGCAAAAUAAUUCAAUAACAAAUACAUGUCUUUGUCCGCCUAGUUAUUAUGGUAAUCAUUGUCAAAAUCAAAAUCAACGUGUCAGUUUAACUAUGGCAUUUCGAGUAAUGUCUGAUUCUCGAUCAACAUUAUUUGCAAUUAUAAUCUCACUGAUCGAUGAUAGUGAACAAAGAAUUAUUCAUUCAUACGAACAAUUGAGUUAUUUAUCGGUUAGAAAUUGUAAAGCUAAAUUUAAUGUCUAUUUAGUUUAUUCAAAUCGACCAAAAUCUCAAACAAGAAAUUAUUCAAUACAUAUUGACAUUUAUGAAAAAAUUUCGCUAAAUUAUCGAGCAAGUUUCUUAUAUCCAAUUAAAUUUCCAUUUUUACCAGUUCAUCGUCUAGCAUUUAUUGUUAUUAUUCCAAGUUCAAAAGACUUUAUUGAAAGUUGUUCAAAUUCAAAAUGCAUUCAUGGCAAAUGUAUUAUAUAUUCGAAUAGUCGAGAUCAUUCUACAUAUUGUCAAUGUAAUGCAGGAUGGUCUGGUCAAUAUUGUACUAUUUCAUAUAAUUGCAACUGUUCAUCUGACUCAAAAUGCAUUGGUUUAUCUUCUCAUAAUCGAUCUAUAUGCGUCUGUCCAAUGAAUAGAUUUGGCUAUCGAUGUCUUCUUACUGAUCCUAUCUGCCAAAGAAAUAAUCAUUCGAUGUGUUUAAAUGGUGGUACAUGUAUCCCUGCUGAUGAAUAUGCAUUACCACAUAAAAAAUUUUAUUGUAUUUGCCCAAUAGGUUAUAUUGGUGAACAAUGUGAAAUUGCCGAGAAGAAAAUUCAUAUUUCAUUUGAAAAGAAUAUUAUUAUAUCUCAAGUAAUAUUUAUUCAUUUGUUAGAAAUUAUUAAAGAGAUGAACCCAAGAAGAUCAACUAUUUUAAGAACAGUGCCUAUUCAACAAGAUUCCGUAACAAUUUAUUGGUCUUUGCCAUUUCAUCUGAUUUUUAUUGAAUUUAAAAAUAAAAAUUAUUAUCUAGCUGCUAUUGAACGAACACAGAAUCGAUCGGCAACAUAUUUCACUAUGGUAAAAUCAUCUGAUCAUUGUCCAAAUAUUAAUCAAUUAUUUAAUAAAACAUUCGUUCAAAUGCAUAUUAUUCGUCGUAUUAAAUAUUAUCACCUACCAUGUCAACAACAUUCAUUAAAUUUUUCUUGCUUUUAUGAUGAUAUUUAUCUUUGUUUCUGUUAUAAUUUCGAAAAACAACGUCUAGCAAACUGUUUUGAAUUUAAUCAUAGUAUGACAUCUAAUUGUUUUGGUCAAAGUGUUUGUGAAAAUGGAGGACAAUGUUUUCAAGACAGUCCUACUUGUCCACAACGAACAAGUUGCAUUUGUCAACCAUGUUUUUAUGGAAUAAGAUGUCAAUUUAGUUCAAAUAGAUUUGGUUUCUCACUUGAUGGAAUUUUAGGUUAUUAUAUUCAACCAAAUAUUGAUGUUAUACAUCAAUCAUCUAUGGUCAAAAUUAGUUUGGCUUUAACUAUUAUUUUUAUAACAAUUGGUUAUAUUAAUGGAAUAUUAUCUUUCAUUACAUUCAAUAAUAAAAAAAUAUGUGAAGUUGGCUGUGGUCUUUAUUUAUUAACUUCAUCAAUAACGACUUUAUUCACAAGUACAAUGUUCGGACUAAAAUUUUUGAUACUUCUUCUUGCACAAAUGAAAAUUAUUACAAAUCGUUUAUUUUUGCAUAUUCAAUGUUUAUCUAUUGAUUUUCUCUUACAAGUUUUUCUCAAUAUGGAUCAAUGGUUAAAUGCUUGUAUUGCUGUUGAACGAGCAGUUGUAACCAUAAAUGCGAUUGGCUUUCAAAAAAAGAGAAGUAAAAAAAUAGCUAAAAUAGUUAUCAUUAUUCUUUCAAUCUUCAUUAUUUCUACUUGUAUUUGUGAUCCAUUUUAUCGACGUUUAAUGGAUGAUAAAUUCGAUGAUGAUAGCAGAAUUUGGUGUAUUACUUCUUAUUCAUCGAAUUUACAAACGUUCAAUAUGUUUAUACAUGCAUUUCACUUCUGUACUCCAUUUGCUAUUAAUCUUGUCUCGACUGUGGUUCUCAUCUUAAAAACAUCUCAUCAACAAGCAAAGACUCGAACAAAUACAAAAUACAUAGCAAUUUUUAUAGAACAAAUUCAAGUACAUAAGCAUAUAUUGGUUGCUCCUUUUGUAAUAGUUAUACUUGGAAUACCACGUUUAGUCAUUGGAUUUGUAUCAAAAUGUAUGAAUUCAAACAAUGAUGCAACAUUUUAUCUUAUUGGAUAUUUUGUUUCAUUCAUUCCACCUAUGCUUACAUUCAUCAUUUUUGUAAUGCCAUCGAAGUUUUAUAAAGAACAACUUGGUAACGUUUGGACUAAUAUCAAGACUAAAAUUAAACGAAAUUUUACUUCUCUUUAA